AUGUUUUUACCUUCUUUUGCUGCUGGUAUUCGUAUACGUGAAAUAGCGAAACUUCAUAAUGGAAAGAAAACAAUGAGUUUUUCUGAUCGUUUAUAUGAAAUACUGAAGAAGCCAAUUGAUUUGUUAUUCUGUAAUCGAAAUGAAGCAUUUAGUUGGUCUCAAACAGGCAAUAUUGAAAUCCCUAUUGAUAAAUUAAAAAUAAUUGCUCGUACAUUUGUAAUUACUCUUGGUGCAGAAGAUGCAUUAGCCUAUGAUGGUAUACAACUGUACAAUAUUGAACCUCAUAAAUUACAUGCAAUCGAUACUAUAAUGGAGCAAAUGAUAUUUCUGUUUGGCAUUACACAUGGACAAGAUUAUUUGACAGCAGGAAAUUUAGCUAGUCUUCUAGCAGCAACAGUUGUUUCGAAUUAUGGACCACGUUUGUUUGUAGCGAAACAAAAAACAGCUAUUAGUACAAUGGAAUAA